CCCAUUUCCUGUACCAGGAGAAGCAGGAGUGCCAUUUCCUCAACGGGACGCGGCGGGUGCGGUACGUGUACCGGGAUACCUACGACCGGCAGGAGAUCGUCCGCUUCGACAGCGCCCGCGGGGAGUUCGAGGCCGUCUCGGCGUUGGGGAAGGCGGAUGCGGAGGAUUUCAACAGGGAUAAGCGCAUCCUUCAGGACGCGAAGUCCCGAGUGGAUCGCUUCUGCCGACACAACUACGAGGUUUUCCAGGGCGGCCCCGUGCUUGGCCGGAGAGCCCACUUCCUGUACCAGGGGAAGUGCGAGUGCCGCUUCCUCAACGGGACGCGGCGGGUGCAGUUCCUGGAGCGCUACAUCUACGACCGGCAGGAGUAUCUCCGCUUCGACAGCGCCCGCGGGGAGUACGAGGCCCUCACGGCGCCCUGGCAGGCGCUUGCCCAGGCUUGGAACAGGGAUGAGCGCCGCCUGCAGAUCGAGAAGACUGGAGUGGAUCGUUUCUGCCGAAACAACUACGAGGUUUCCCAGAGCGGUUCCGCGGUCGGCCGGAGAGAGGGACUUUGCAUGGUGUACACAUAA